CGAAACCGUAUGUUUUUUGAAUUGCUUGUGUAAAUGCAGGCUUAUUAUAAGAUAUUAGAAGUUGAUUGCGAUGCUACAGAGGAUGCAAUUCGCUCCAAUUAUAUACGUCUUGCGCUGAAAUGGCAUCCAGAUAAGCAAAAGGACGAUGGGAAUGGCGCCACUUCAAGAUUUCAAGAGAUAAACAAGGCUUACCAGGUCAAAAGGAAUGAGUAUGACAAGAUGGGGAUGUUGUAUACAUAUGACUAUGACAUAAUUGAGUACCUUAACUGUUACAAAGGCCUUCUAUUAACAUGUAAUGGUCUUGGGGUUAGGCAAUCGGUUUGGUAAUUCCCUUCUGUUUAUUUUCACAAUGCUCAAUCUUAGAGGGACAGAUUUGUUGAUAUUACAAACAGCGCUGUUGAGAAUGAGAGCAAGCUUGAUAUGUUAGAUAACGGUUGUGUAUAUGAAGUAGAUAAAUUCAAAUAAUCUGUAACAUCUUUAUGCUUGUCUGACUAAUGAGGGUACGACCA